UGUCUUCACCACACCUCCUCCUUCAACUGCCAUUAAACUAACCACCACGAAAAGCAGAGUACUCUGUUUUUUCAAAAAAAAGACUGCACUUCCCGCUCUUUUCCUUGGACCUUUUUUGUUUUUCUUCUUCUUUCUGUCUUCUCUAGUUCAGGAACCCAAAUGAUUUGUUUCCUCUCUUCGAUUACAAUUUACAGAAAAUCCAAUCAUAGAUCAUUUGAGAUCUAGCAUUAACAUUGCUACGAGAUGGACCCGCCAUCAAGCUCCAGACCGCGGUCAAUGCCCCCAGUGCCUAUGCAGGAACCACCAGGGCCUUCACCGUUUAUAACAAAGACGUACGAGAUGGUGAAUGAUCCUAACAUAAACCACAUUGUGUCUUGGAGCAGGGGAGGCAUCAGUUUUGUCGUAUGGGAUCCACAUUCCUUCUCGGCUACUAUCCUCCCUCUAUACUUCAAACACAACAACUUCUCCAGCUUUGUCAGACAGCUCAACACUUAUUUUUGGAGGACCUCAAUGAUGCGUUCGGCCUCCAAUUACUGCAGAAUGGGAUUCAGAAAGAUCGAGACAGAGAGAUGGGAGUUUAUGAAUGAAGGUUUCUUGAUGGGUCAAAGAGACCUUCUCAAAAGCAUCAAGCGACGAGCCUCCUCCUCUGCCCCUCCUUCACUCCACCACUCUCAAUCCGAGGGUCAUGACCCCAGCAGCGUCGAGGCUCCGCAGCUCCGAGAAGAGAGUCAUGUCCUAAUGAUGGAGAUAUCGAGGCUCCGACAGGAGGAGCAGAGAGCGAGAGGCUACAUCCAAGCCAUGGAGCAGAGGAUUAAUGGUGCAGAGAAGAAACAGAGGCAUAUGAUGUCCUUCUUGAGGCGUGCGGUACAGAACCCUUCGCUUCUGCAACAGAUACUUGAGCAGAUGACAGGGAUAGAGGAGGCUGCGAUGAUUGAUCAGGAUAGCUUGGUCAAAACGGAAGCAGUGGAGCACGUAUCGGAGCUGGAGGCUCUGGCGCUAGAGAUGCAAGGAUAUGGACGGCAACGGAUUGAUGGCGUGGAGAGAGAGCUCGACGACGGGUUUUGGGAAGAGCUACUGAUGAGCAACGACAACUCCGGGGAAGAAGAGGCGAAUGUGAAGCAAAGUUAGUUAGGUUUUUUUGGGUUCAUGUCCGAUUCUAGUAAUCAACAAACGAAACAUAUAAGAGAGAAUAAGAAGAAGAAGAAGAAGAAGAAGAAAAAAAAGAAGGUACUAGCUAGUAUUGUGAUCGUGGAGAUCCAACAAAAUGAACGAUGUGUAUGUUAUACAUUGGGUUACACAGUACACCAUCGUAUUUAUUAUA